AUGAGCCGCAUUUUGUGUCCCUGCGUUGUUUGUGGGAACAGAGUAGGUGGAAGGGAACACCCCGAGGAUGACGAGGCAACUCUUUGGCUUUCAAGGUUCCGUGGAGUAUAUAAUCAUCACGAGGACGGAUACAUCUUAACCGGUGUUUGUUUUUCAAUCGAGCCCGAAGAGGAGCAGUUCGGAGCUUCUCCAGCUGACAACUCUGCUUGGGACGAUGAGGGCUAUACGAUCGAAACUGACAAUGGCACAUUCAACGUUGUGACAAGUCGCUCCAAGGACGGUUGGCAUGGUUUUCUUGUCCAUGACGUUUGCUGGCAACUUCUUUCCACCUACUGCCACCCAGAACAGGUCCCACUUCAGAGACUGCACGAGAUUUGUUCAUCCGUCUACAUCAAUGGCACAACUCUUAAUUGGGUUCCACCUGCGAUCGAGGAUGUUAUCGGACUGGAAAUAGCAUUUCACAAUCCCCUUCGCUCUUUGGAAGCUACAAAUCUUCUCGACCAAGAGCCAGAAAAUCAUCAACCCAUUGCCGACAUACCCGACCUGCGAGAGUCUGCUAGGAACCGGCUGGACCAACUUCCACAAGAGCUCAUAGAAAUGAUUGCAAAGGAAUUGCCCACACAGGAUUUCCUGAACUCGAGACUAGCAACAAGAUCAUUCUGGCCGACGUUUCACACUCAAUCAUUUUGGCGCUCAAGAUUCACCGCCGGAGGCGAACGAUCAUGGCUCUUCGAGGCCCUAGAUGCCGAAGAAUCUAUUGACUGGCGAUCCCUAUACCUAAAAACGAAUGAAUCUCGCUUGACUUUGGGGUUGAGAAACAGGAAGAGGAUUUAG